CUAUGUUUUUGUUGACAUUCCGUCUUCUGAUCAAAACAAUAAUUUUAAAAUAUUUUAUUUAAAAUUUUAUUAAAUGAUAGGCAUAUUAUCCAUCAUCUCCCCAAUUGUUAUGUAUAUUCCAUUAUCUCACUACAAUAAAUAUAAUGAUUUUUAAAAUUAUAUGAGUCAAAAGAUAUGGAUACAAAAACCACGAAUAUUACCACUCAUAACAAUCCUAGAAUAGACAUUGAAUUUUGCGGAGCUUGUGAUUAUGGAGGUCAUUGUUUAGCUUUAGCAAAUAGGAUCAGAGAAAAAAAUACAAGUGCUAGUGUGAGCUGUAAACGGGGAAGGCAAGGAUCAUUUGAGGUGGUCAUCAAUAAUAAAUUGGUCUACUCAAAACUGCAGACAAUGGCUUUACCAGACUAUGACGAGGUGGUUCAUGUUGUAAGUGAAGUGUCUCAAGGAGCGGAACCAAAGGAAAUUAAAGGACAACAACCAAUCAAUUGUGCAAUACAAUAAUAUUUAUUUAUAUUUAUAUAAUAUAAUUAAAACAUCUCAUAUUUUC